UUUUUUUUUUUUUUUUUUUUUUGCUGGUGGUGGUGGUGAGGUCUACGGUGCCGCGUGAUCCCGAGCCAGUUGGCACGCGCCCUCCUCCGCUGGUUGUUGGGCUGCGUGAGCCUCUCCUCCUGUGGGCGCCGAAGGGAAGCCAGACCCGGGCGGGCGGAGAGCUUGCUCCCAAGAGGAAUGGCGGCCCCGACUAUGAAGGAAAGGCAGGCUUGCUGGGGAGCCCGCGAUGAGUACUGGAAGUGUUUAGAUGAGCACAUGGAGGACGCUUCUCAGUGCAGGAAGUUAAGGAGCUCGUUUGAAUCCAGCUGUCCGCAACAGUGGAUAAAAUAUUUUGAUAAAAGAAGAGACUACUUAAAAUUCAAAGAAAAAUUUGAAGCAGGACAAUUCCAACCUUCAAAAUCAACUGCAAACUCCUAGGAUGUUCCUGAACUUUUCACAAAGGUUGAAACUAUCUUUCUGGACACCCACAGAUGCACCCUUGACUGGGAGACAGUAGUCGUUUACAUCAUGGUAAACAUCAAUACUUGUUCCCUGUGUAUAACACUUAGUAACUAAAAUCAUCAAGUAACAGAUGAUGUCAGCAUUCAAGCUGAAGAAUGUGAAAUAUAAUGGUGUUAAAUGUGCUUAGUUUUAACUUAAUAAGAAAUAUAUAUUUUAAGAAAAAAAAGAAAAGUAAAUCCUAUUAUAAAAACA